CAAAAAAGAAAAAAGAAGAAAAUUCCCUAUUGACAGUAGCCAAUCCCAUCCCAACCUUACCUGAUAAACGAGGCAUGGUAAAUUCAUGUCUAACUUGACUAGUCGGUUUAGUUUUAGUUGGGAUGGUCGCACAAACCCAUUGUCGUUUUGUAUUGCCGAACGACAUAAGUUUUAUUCAUCGUCUCCUCCUCAUUAAUCACCCAGAGUCGGAGUUUUGUUUUGUUUUUUUUUUUUUUUUAUCUUUCCCUUCUUGCACAAAUCCCAUCGAACAAAUUUCACCCAAAAAUAAAAAGGCAGCAAAGGAAUCAAAACAGGAGUUGAAGCUGACGAAGAGAAAUCCAUGGAAUUUUCCUUUUAGAGGAAAUCCGUAUCCUUGUUGAAUUUUUUCUUUCGUUUGUGUUACCUUUGAAUUUGGGUUUACAGGAAAAGCAAAGUCAAUAUGUUAGAGAAGAUCGGAUUGCCGGCAAAGCCAGCAAUUCGAGGGAACAAUUGGGUGGUUGAUGCUUCACACUGUCAAGGAUGUUCCUCUCAGUUCACUUUCAUUAAUCGCAAGCAUCAUUGCCGAAGGUGUGGAGGUUUGUUCUGCAAUGGCUGCACACAAGGAAGAAUGGUUUUACGUGGACAAGGUGAUUCACCUGUGCGUGUUUGUGAACCUUGCAAGAAGCUAGAAGAGGCUGCACGCUUUGAAAUGCGAUAUGGACAUAGAAGUAGAGCUGGGAGAGGAAGUUCAAAAUCGACAUCAAAGAAUGAAAUUGAAGUUUUAAACCAGAUUCUAGCUAAUGAUAGAAAAGAAGUUUUUUCAUCAGGACUGGAGUCAAACAAUGACAUGCCUUCCAGCAUUCAUCGGGGGACAAGUAAUGCAUCAUCUUCAAAUAGUGGAGGAGAUAUCACUCUGGAUGGGGAAGGAGAAAUACAGAAAAGUCCUAUAGACAAGUCUAACCAUGUAAGCGAUGAGAUGGGAAUGAGUAGUCCUGAUGAAUUGCGUCAGCAGGCUUUGGAUGAAAAGAAGAAAUAUAAAAUUCUAAAAGGAGAAGGGAAACCAGAUGAAGCUUUACGAGCCUUUAAAAGAGGUAAGGAGCUUGAAAGGCAGGCUGAGGCAUUAGAAAAAAAUUUAAGAAAAAGCCGUAAAAAUGUUUCGCUGUCUACAAAGAUGGAAGAGGUCCAAAUUAAAAAUGACUCUACAGAAUCUGGAAGAAUAAAUAAGGUUGCUCCUCCAGAGGGUAAACAAAAAGAUGACCUUGCUGCUCAGCUCAGAGAACUGGGGUGGUCUGAAACGGACAUUCAUAAUGAAGAUAAAAAAGUGUCAAAUAUGAGUUUGGAAGGUGAACUCUCUUCUCUUAUUGGUGAAAUAUCAGAAAGGACUAACAAAGACAAGGGUACUAGCGCAAACGACAAAAGUCAAGUGGUUGCUCAUAAGAAAAGGGCUCUUGCACUGAAGCGUGAAGGGAAGCUGGCAGAAGCCAAGGAAGAACUAAAAAGAGCUAAAAUUUUAGAGAAGCAACUUGAAGAACAGGAACUAUUGGCUGAGGCUGAAGAUUCUGAUGAUGAGCUGUCUGCAUUGAUUCGUGGUAUGGACAAUGAUAAACAAGAAGAGUUUUCAAUUCCAUAUGACCACGAGCAUAAUUUUGAUUUUGAUCAUCUUCUAGUUGCUGCUGAAGAUCAGACUAUUGAUGGUAUAUUUGAAGUGACAGAUGAGGAUAUGGAGGAUCCAGAAAUAGCUUCUGCUUUGAAAUCAUUAGGAUGGUCUGAGGAUUCUGAUUUUGCUGGAGCCGGUGUUCCCCAAAUUGUUUCUGUUGACAGGGAAGCAGUAUUAAGUGAAAUUCUUUCCUUAAAAAGAGAGGCAUUAAGUCAGAAACGGGCUGGUAAUGUUGCAGAGGCAAUGGCUCAGCUUAAGAAGGCCAAGCUACUUGAAAGGGACCUUGAAGGCUUUGAGUCUAAACAGGGAACAAUGGCAAAACAUUCUGGAGUUCAGAAAGAUUCUUCCAGUCAAGCUGUUGGUCACUCAUCUAAGUCUUUCUUGGUGGGUGAGGGAAAUAUCGAAGAAAUGAAAGAUGUGGAUUCUAGAGUUGUGCCAAGGAGUAGAUUAAUGAUUCAGAAAGAACUUCUGAGUUUGAAGAAAAAGGCUCUUGCUUUGAGAAGGGAAGGGCGACUAGAUGAGGCUGAAGAAGAAUUAAAGAGAGGCAAGGUUCUUGAACAUCAGCUUGAAGAGAUGGAGAAUGAGGUGAAGGUGAAGACUAUACCAGUGGAUGUCGGUAGUAAGAUCUCAAAUUUGGCAUAUGAGCAUCUUCCCAAUUUCUCGGGCAAUCUGCCAAUUGGAAUUGAGGAAGGGGAGGAUGUAACCGAUCAAGAUAUGUAUGACCCAACAUAUCUUUCUCUUCUAAAAAAUUUAGGUUGGAAUGAACAAGAGAGUGAUGAAGGUACAUUGUCAUCAAAAGCUCCUAAACAAAGAGAUAAUCCUUCUAUUCAGACCAGUGAAUCAUCUGUAACUCAAGCCCUUCUUGAUGUCCAAGUUGGGGAAUCAAGGAGAAGUAAAGCUGAAAUCCAGAAGGAACUCUUGGGUUUAAAAAGGAAAGCCCUUGCUUUGAGGCGCAAAGGAGAGACCAAGGAGGCAGAAGAAGUACUGAACAUGGCAAAAAUAUUAGAGGCCCAGAUUGCUGACAUGGAAGCAUCAGAAAAAGUUCAGUCUAAUAGCAUGCACAAAGAAACUAUUAUGGAGUCUCCUCUUAAAAGUGCAGAUGAGGAAGGCAAUAAAAUGGAUGUCACGGAAAAUGAUAUGCAUGACCCAUCAAUACUCUCAAUGCUGAAGAAUUCGGGGUGGAAAGAUGGAGAACAGGAAACUGUACCAUCUCUUGUACAAUCUUCUUCAGUAGUUUCUGUUGCUCCACAGAGAAGUAAAGGCGAAAUCCAAAGGGAACUUUUGAAUUUGAAAAGGAAGGCCCUUGCUCUCAGACGGAAAGGUGAAACUGAAGAGGCCGAGGAAGUGCUGAGGAUGGCAAAAGUACUAGAGUCUCAAAUGGAAGAAACAGUCUCCCAAAGGUUGCAUUUGCAUGAUGCUUUAGAUAAUGAGAAAGCUGAGAGUCUUGAAUCGUUGGUUGUCCAAGAAAAGCAAGGAAAUGUAAAGGAUUCUAUCCAAAUGAGAAGCGAGAUGACCCAGGUGACUGUGGGUUCAAGUGACAACGUUGUUGAUUUGUCAUUGGGUUCAGAGAGAAUGGAAAAUGAUGUGGUUAAUCCUCCAUUAGCAAAUCCUAUUUCAAUUCCUUUGAACUCGCAGCUAAUUGAAGGAGACCACCUGGACACACCGGAAACAUUGGAAAAUACUAGCAUCCCUCAGCCUGGCCAGCCUUCGAGCUUGACAGAUUUGUUGACAGGGGAUGACUGGAGAGGUUCUCAAACAUCUGAAAAACAGAUUGAUAGAUUAAGUCAUCAAUCUGAUGAUAUAUUUCUUACUUGUCCUCCUUUCCAGUCACAAACCCUGACAAGUUCCAAUGAAGAACAGACAAGCAAAGAUGAUGUCAAAACUGAAAGUGGAGAAAAAUUGGUUCUCAAGGAUGAGAAGCCAUAUGUUUAUCAUGCUAAUUUAUAUCAGGAACAUGCUUCUCAGAACAACCAAAGUACCUUUAAAGAAGACAUUUUGGCUCAUAAGAGGAAGGCAGUUGCUUUGAAGAGAGAGGGCAAAUUGAUAGAAGCUCGAGAGGAGCUUCGGCAUGCAAAGUUAUUGGAGAAGCAUCUUGAAAAAGAUAGUCCUGAGUCCAAAACUAGUUCAAGUGAUGUAUCAGUUUCUACGUCCAAUGUUGCUUCUGUUAGCCAGAAGGUAUCUAGUUCAUCAAAUACUACCACAAGACCUUUAAGCAGCCGGGAUCGCUUUAAGUUGCAACAGGAAUCCCUUGCUCACAAACGUCAGGCUCUGAAGCUUCGACGAGAGGGUCGCACGGAAGAAGCAGAAGCAGAAAUUGAACUGGCUAAGGCACUUGAGACCCAGCUGGAGGAGUUGUCUGCUCAUGAUUCCACUAAAUCUGCUGUUGAUGGAGUAGAACCUGAUGAUGAUGUGGGUGUUGAGGAUUUUCUUGAUCCUCAUCUUUUGUCUGCUUUGAAAGCAAUUGGAAUAGAAGGCACUAACGGUGUAUCGCGAGGGCCUCAAAGGCCACAGCCUUCAAACCUCAAUUCUGAUAAGAGUAAUAGCUUGAAUUCUGUCAAUCAAGACAGAAUUCAACUGGAAGAACAGAUAAAGGCUGAGAAGGUAAAGGCGGUAAACUUGAAACGUUCAGGAAAGCAAGCUGAGGCCUUGGAUUCUCUUCGGCGUGCCAAACUUCUUGAAAAGAAGCUGAGUGCAUUACAUUUGCAGUGAAGAAAUGAGAAGAUCCUAUCUUUUGUGCUCGAAAGUUUUCCAUGAUUAAGCUCAGGUAACUAUGUAAAUGACGGAAAAAAGGGUAUAGGCAAUUAUACCCAAGAAACGAGGAUUUUUAAAUAUUCUUUUCUUCCUUUGCGAGCAUAUAGGUCACAUGUGGAUAAAUGAAUAAUAGAUGAAAGAUGUAUCAUUGCAUUGUCAAACGGGAACUGCCACAUCCUGUUAUGAAAGUUAUCGUGCGUACUUAGUUAUGAAGGUUGAAGAUGCCUGUUCUUAUAAGAUUUCUUUCACGGAAUUGUCUUUGUAAGCUAUAAUGGUAUAACGAAGAGGAAUGAUUUACUUCUGUAAAUUGCAGACUGAAAAUGGAUUAUUUUUUUCAACUUUAUUA